ACCUCCCGGCUGGGCAGAGAGAAGAUGGCCAACAGAAUCCACAGGGAUAAGUGCUGGAAUGUGAUCGGCAUGGAGGGAAACUCCCAAGCUCAAAGGCUUCACUGCGGUCUGGCAGCGACUCCCAGCUCAAAGUAGCCCCACUCAGUAGCUGCGUUUCUGACCUUGAGGACUGUUAGUAAAUCCUUAAUCCCUGCAAAAUCAUUUAUUUGGCACUGUUUAACUCCAAACUUUUAAAUCAGGAUGCUUAGCAGCCUUAAAUCCAAAAGCUCAUUAGCUCUCCUCAGCUGCCUUAAUAACUAUAAUCUCUUUAAUGGAAGCAACUCCGGACAGGAUUUACCUUCCCAAAAAACCUUAUUGACUGGGAUUAAGUACACUUCUGCCUUCUAAUUCUUCCCCAGUGAAGGAAGAGCUGAUAAAGAGUUGCUUUGCUGGAGCCCAGGCCAGGUCAGCUUCUGGCUCAGGACAGCUGCUCGUGCCAGGAGCUCCUAGAGGGAGAACUGGAUGGGGAUUGCUGAGAGUUUGGGAAAUGGGAGGCUUUGCCCAGCAGUGGGUGCAGGGGCCUUACCAGAUCAUGUGGCACCCAGAGUCUUCCUGAGCUCCAGAUCUUUGCCUUUAUCCUUUACCAUGAAAGCAGCACAUGGGCGACAGACCCCCGAAAAUGAGCCUGAUGGACAUCAACAAAAUGUUCUCCAUGCUCCAGCCCAGGGAUGACGAGCAGGAGGACGAUGGGGAGAGCGAGGAGCUGAGCCGGGCAGUGUCUGAGGAUGACUGUGAAACGCUGCAUCGCCUCCUGUCCCAGGACAGGUACAAGAGGCUCAUCAACCGCCGGAGCGGCUGGGGGGUCCCCAGCACCCCCCUGCGCCUGGCGGCCACGCGGGGCUGCGUGCGGAGCCUGCGGGUGCUGCUGGCCCACGGGGCCGAGGUGGACGGCCUGGACGUGAAGGCCCAGACCCCGCUGUUCGUGGCCGUCAGCAAUGGCCACCGCGAGUGCGUGGAGGCCCUGCUGGAUGCCGGGGCCAGUCCCACAGGCAGCAUCUACAACAACUGCUCCCCGCUGCUCCUCGCGGCCAGGGACGGCAACGAGGACAUCCUGCGGCAGCUCCUGGAGCACGGAGCAGAGCCCAACGUCCAGGCCAGGCUGCCCCAGUGGGCGGCCAACUCAGUGUCCUGUUCUGGACCCCUGUACCUGGCGGCCACCUACAGGCACCUGGAGUGCUUCAGACUGCUGCUCCUCCACGGGGCCGACCCUGACUACAACUGCACGGAUCAGGGGGUGAUCGCCCAGAUCAAGGAGCCCAAGACCCUGCUGGAGACGUGCCUGAGGCACGGCUGCCAUAGCAAGUUCAUCAAGCUGCUCAUUGACUUUGGAGCCAACGUGUACCUGCCCAACGUGCCCGUGGAUGGGCCGGCACCACGCAGCGAGGGGCUGGAGCUGCUGCUGCAGGCCAGAGCUCAUCCCAAGUCCCUGCUGUCCCAGUCCCGACUGGCCAUGAGGCGAAUCCUGAAGCAGCCUGUCCACCUGUCCACCCUCAGAGAGCUGGAAAUCCCCACAGUCCUGGCCAACUAUCUGCAGCACCAGCCGUGACAUACAGCCCGCCUCCAAGCACAGCCACUCUGACAUCUGGGAGUGAAGCUCUGAAAUCCGUGGAACCAACAGGAAUUUGUGUCACAAAGUCAUUCCCGUCUCCAAAAUUGGUACCUGUGUGAAAGGUUGGGGAGGGAAGGGGCAGAGGAAACAGGACACCUCAGCUCCUGGUCUGCAUCAGAGUGAUGGUGGAGCAGGAUCUGAUUCCGUGGAUCUGCCUCUAAACCUCCUUACCGAGGGAUUUUUCACCUUGAGUUGAUGUUGGUUGGAGAAGGGGUUGGGAAAAAGUGUGGAAGGCAGAGGGAGAGGAGCAAAGGCUGCUUUUCCCUCAUCCCCUCCUGGGGGACACAACCAGGUCUGUGCCUGCAGGUUCCCCCACAAUGUGGCACGUGCUGUCCCUGAACCCCCUUUCCCACGGUGGGCAGGCCCUGGCACAGCUUGCCCAGAGAAGCUGUGGCUGCCCCAUCCCUGGAAGUGUCCAAGGCCAGGUUG